CAGGAAGUGCUAGUCAGUACGUGGCCUUUUCAGCUUUGCUCUUCGGAACUGGACUGAAGCUCUACUUCAAAAUGGAACUAGAGGCCAUGACGCGGUACACCAGCCCGGUGAACCCCGCUGUGUUCCCGCAUCUGACCGUCGUCUUGCUGGCUAUCGGGAUGUUCUUCACCGCCUGGUUCUUCGUUUAUGAAGUGACAUCGACAAAGUACACCAGGGACGUGUACAAAGAGCUGCUCAUCUCGCUGGUGGCCUCUCUGUUCAUGGGCUUUGGUGUGUUGUUUCUGCUGCUCUGGGUCGGCAUCUACGUAUGAAGCUUUAGAUAGUUUGCCUGAAGAUGACAUUCCAGUGGCAAGGAUAACAUCAUGCGCAGUUUGGAUCUGAGAGAAGAGUUAAUGGGACUGCACUGACAUUGUUUUGGGAUCAUACGGACUGAUUUUUUUUCCUAAGGAAAUAAAAAAACAAU